AUUGAUGCCAAAGCAUAGAACUUUGAUCUCAACAUGUUUGACUUCUUCUUCCUUUCUUUCUCCAUUUUUCUUCAUCACCAUUCUAUACCAUAAUCACCGAUCAAAAACAGAUACACCUUUUUCCCCUUUAAUCGCACAUACACAUGCAUGCAACGAAAAGGUGGAGGAAUUUGAAACAAUUAAGAACAAUGUCGUGGGUAAGAUCGGCGGUCAACAGAGCCGUCGAAGCAGGUGGCCAGAGCAAUCUCACCCGCACUGUUCGCAAUUACGCCGACACCGUCGUUCACCAUGCAAGCAACGCCGUCGCCGGAGGUGCCAAAAUCAUACAGGAUCGCAUUGUAUCGCGGAAUAUGCAAAGUUUUAGGCAUACUGUAAAACGGUUAGAAGAAGUUUCUGUUUCAUGUAGAGGGAUAGAGAGAGUUCAGUUGCUUAGAAGGUGGUUAGUUGCCCUCAAAGAAGUUGAGAGACUUUCUGCUACAAGCACCGUCACUGACACCGCCAAUGCAAAAGAUCAAGACGACCACUUUGUUUCUGAUGAUAAUAAGGAUUCGCCUACAGCACCUACAUUGAUUUACUAUGUAGACCCUGGUGUCCCGGGUGAACCAAAAACUUUUCAAGAUGUUUUUCUCCACAGUCAAGCUCUUGAGGGCAUAACAUUGUCAAUGAUUCUUGAAGAACCAAAUGAGGAAGAAGUUUCGCUACUUUUAGAGAUAUAUGGGCUUUGCAUUAAAGGGGGGAAGGAGGAACAAACUGCCUUGUUAACCAGUGUACAGAAGUUGGCAAAAGCAUUUUCUGGAUAUGAAGACGAAGUACUGGCAAAACGAGAAGAGUUACUUCAAUAUGUUCAAGCUUCGAUUUCAGGGCUGAAAGUAAAUGCUGAUCUUAUGAGAAUAGAAGUUGAAGCCUGCAAUCUGAAAGAUAAAAUUGACAAGAUGAAGGCAUCAAAUUCAGUCGAGACAAAGUCUGUUACAAUAGAGGCUUUAGAUGAAGCUAUGAAAAAUAUUCAAAUGUGUUCUAAGUUGGAGGAACUCUUAUUGAAAAAGAAAGACUUUAGCUCUGGUGAUUCUCCAGAACUUCAUGCUGAAAAGGUUGAUAAAAUGAAAGUUUUGUCAGAAUCUCUUGCAAAUUCUACCACAAAAGCUCAGAGUCGCAUUUCGGAGCACAGAUCUCAGAAAGAAGAUGCACUUCAUUUUCGGGUAACCAAGUCCAGUGAGGUUAGCGAAAUUGAGAAGGAGCUGGGAGUGGAGAUUGAAGAACUCGAGAAGCAGAAAAAUGAGCUCGAAGACAAACUUAAAAAGGUGAACACUUUGUUGACAUCUGCUCGUACACGUCUCCGCAAUGCAAAAGAAGAAAAAGACCAAUUUGAGGAUGCAAGCAAUGAAAUUAUUUUACAUUUAAAAACAAAGGAAGACGAGAUGUUACGAGCCAUUGCUUCUUAUACAACCGAAGCCAAGGUUGUUGAUACAUGGGUCAAUUUUCUAGAGCACACAUGGAUAUUUAAAACCUCUCUUACCAAGAGAAAUGAAGAGCAGAUCAAUGCUGAAUUGGAGAGAUAUGGAGAUUAUUUUGUGAAUUUGGUUGUUAAUCUUCUGUCUUCUUAUAAGGAAAAUUUGGGUUCAUCUGUUACUCAAAUAAGAACACUUGUGGAGAAUUUAAGAUCAAGUCAAGGGUUAGAAAUACCAGUAGACGUAGAUAAUGACGGUUCCAAAGUAGAGAAUCCAAGGAAAAAGCUUGAAGAAGAGUAUUUGGACAUAGAAUCCAAGUUUUUAACCACUUUGAAUAUAGUGGACUUCAUGAACAAGCAGUUUCACAUUCAAAAGCAAGGCAUUUUCAGAAAAGAUAAGGACAAGGUGACAGAACUAUCACACGCCAUUGAGAAAAUAAAACAAGAUUUUGAAUCAAUUGAGAGACCAAAGUUGCAAAUUGAGGCACCAAUUGAAAAGUCAGAAACACCCUCAAGUCAAAUACACUCAACUCCAUCCCCUACUUCCAAGUUGCCUAAUAAAAACAAGCAAGAUAAAAAGAAAAAAUCUCCAUCAUUUACUUUGAGAACAAUAUCAAUUGAAGAACUCGAUAAAUCAAGCGAGGAUGACUCAGCAGAAGAGAUAAGUGAAUGGGAAUUUGAUGCACUUGAUAAAACUCACACCCUGAGUUGACCCUUUGACCCACUUGGAAAAAGACCAACAUUACUCAUGUUGUAAAAAGAGUGAGAAAAAGGUUCUGUGUCUUUGGAAAGACAGGGACACUGUGUAAGUCAUACCAGACAACAUAUCCUUAACUACAUUGUCUAGGAAAUUCACUUAAGAAUGUACAUGAAACAGCUUUGGUCCACUGAAAGUUAGUUGUACUUGUAUCAUUAUUCAGGUAUUCAAUCAUUGAUGAUGAAAUUGAAAUGUAGAUGUUUAACCAUGUAACUUUUUGAAUAAAGAGCCUUGUCUGUAAAAUUUUUGUCUCAGAAAAAUCCUUUUAAUCAUAAGCUAGAAAAAGGUGACAUAAUUAAUUGACUUUAAUAAUUAGCUGUUAUGAUUGAGGAUUUCGGGGUCUUGCACAAUAUGCAACUCUAUUUUCAACUUGAAUGAUGUAAAAUCUCUUGUGAGAAAAUGAAGUGAACUUGAGGAAUAAUUGUUGAAUUAGUUAUUACAAGCUGAA